AUGGGAGCUUCUCAGUCAAGUUGGGGAAUUCUGGCCCGAACCGCCGACCCCGAGAGCGAGCGUCAACAGCGUCCAGCUCACGAGUUUCCGAAUGGUGCCGUCUAUGAAGGUCAGUGGGUUGGACCAGCACGAGAAGGGUAUGGGAUACAAAAAUGGCCCGAUGGAGCCUCAUACACUGGGCAGUGGGUGAAGGACAAAGCUCAGGGCAUGGGGAAGUUUCACCAUGCUGCGGGCGAUUGGUACGAGGGCAACUUUCUCGACGACAUGCAGCACGGCUACGGCGUUGCCAUGUAUAUCGAUGGCUCCAAGUACACCGGGCAGUUCGCCUGUGACAAGCAUCACGGGGAGGGAGUCGAGGUAUGGCCAGACGGAAGCCGCUUCCAGGGCAGCUAUUUCCAAGGCAUGAAGCACGGUCAUGGUUUGUACUUGUGGCCAGAUGGCUCAAAGUACGAUGGUACUUUUGAAUCCAACAACAUGAGCGGCACUGGAACCUACAACUGGUCUGACGGGCGUGCUUACACCGGCCAGUGGGAGAGGAACACGAUGCACGGCAAGGGGUCGUUCAGCUAUGGCGAUGGUCGUAGCUACGAAGGCGACUUCUUCGAGGAUGUUAAGCACGGCACCGGUGUCUUCCGCUGGCCAGACGGAAGGAGCUACAACGGCGAAUGGCGAAACGGGAAGCGUCAUGGCCGUGGCAGGUAUACGGCAGCCAGCCACAGGACAAAGACUGGCCUCUUUGAGGAUGGGAACCUGGUCAAGUGGGAGGACUGA